UGUUUUCAUAGCUGACACGUUUUCGGAGUUUACAUUCACUUGAUUUCCGGAAAGGCAAUAAACCUUCGGGCUACACUCACAAGCUUUCCAAGAGGACCAAUCCAAUUUCUUGAUAGGAACGAAGCUCUUACAACCGUUCAACUGUCGAGAAAAAGAUAGAGAAACGAGAACUUGUGGAAAAAUGAAUCAAAGUUCUGGGAACCAGCGUUUCGCUUAUCAGCAACCAGUUCGCCAAGUCCCUCCAGGUCAAUCGCAGCCCAUGUAUUUCCAGGCCCAGGCCCCUCCUGGACAGUAUGCUCAACAACCAGUUGGACAGGUUGUACAACAGGUCCAACUGGUUCAGCCUGCAGCAGCAGCUCAGGAACCGACGUUGCCAAAGACUACCGAUUAUUGGAACAGUGCCUUGAUUGCAGAAAGAGUGGUUGAGUUUCUUUUCCUGUCAGCUGCUUGGAUAUCGAUUGUUAGAUAUUCCAGCCUGAGUGGAAGCGAUUCUUGGAAUAAGAUUGGAUAUUCGGCAUAUUUCAAAUAUUCCGGAGAUAGUCCCGUAUAUGAAUUUGGGAGAGUGAAUUUUUUUAAGGGAAUCACAGUGUUCUGCUGGAUCGUGUCCAUUGUAUUUCAAAUUGGGUUUGUUUUUGGCUUCAACUACAUCAAGCGUCUCUUGUCACGACCGUCACACUUGACAAUUGUGUGCUUCAUUGUGCAUAUCAUCCUUACCAUCUUACUGGUGGCUUGUACACUGAGCCUCGUGUUUUAUGCGCAUGAGAUGUCCAAGGCUUACGACUCACUACCCUUGGCUAUAAGGAUUAACCUUGAUGAACUCUACUUGGCACUGAUUUUUGGUUUCCUGGUCUGCUUUUCUUUCUUCGAAAGCGUUCGAUUGUUCUACAAAAUGAUCGUUACACAAAGAGGAGAGGAAGAAACCGACAACACUGCACAGACGGCUCAGGAGACUGGUAUUCAGUCUUCUGCUAUAUAACCCAAAGCUGAUAUUUGAGCAAGGAAAGAAAACUUUUAACUAGAUUACGAGAUAUGCUAGCGUACUGAAUGUAGUCAACCCUUUAACUCCCAAGAUCUGAUUGUUAAUUCUCUCCUCUAGCUGAAACACAUUUCCUUGAAAAUUAGUUAGGAGAAUUUGGUGUUAGAUCAAAUAACAACUUCCACCUGAUACAUAUGAAUAUUUUCAUUACCUGUUUGCUGGAUAAUGUGGGGAUAUUAUAGGGAGCAGUUUUAUGUUGAUCACUUCUGGGAGUAAAAGGGUUAACGUUAAGUUAGAGAUGCCUGAAUACGGUUUGGUAAAAUUGAUGAUAUAUGUUACCCAUUUUAGCUAUCUUUUUUUGCGAUGUUAGGUUUCGUGUUUUAGUGCUUUACACCAUGGGAUCACGUUUGUUUGUACUUUUUUCAGUCGGAUUGUUCAUAGUUAUGUAAUAAAAGGCAAUCAGUCGAAAAAAAAACCGACAAACUUCUCUGUGAUGGGUUUUUGUUAGGCCUUUUUUUACUUGGCUGGGCCUAAACAAUAUCCUCUUAUGCUCUUUUUUAACUUACUGACUUAGAGAUGUAGUUAGUCACUUUAUGUGAACGCAAAAAAAUAAAGUUUGUUCAUGGUCAGAUUGCUCCUGACCUAAACUGCAA